AUGGCCUUAAGACUGUUUGAAGAAAAAGAACAUGUUGCUGCCUACAUGCAGUACAGAGUAGAGAAUCCUCAAGAAGUGAUCAACAGGAUGAUGGACUUCAUGAAACCAAAGGUGCAACAGAAGUUCAGCCUUGCAGUGGAUGUUGGAUGUGGUAAUGGUAAAGGGACCAUGCUGUUGGCCCCCUUCUUCGACCAGGUUGUUGCGACAGAUGUGAGCCCCGCCCAGCUGGAAAUGGCGCAGGCCAAUAGCCUUUGCUCAAACAUUACUUACAGGCAGUGUCCUGCAGAAGAACUCCCAUUCGAGUCGAGUCAGGUCGACCUUGUGACGGCCAUGAUGGCAGCCCACUGGUUUGACCGCCCGCGCUUCCUGAAGGAGGUCGACCGCGUGCUGAAGCCCAGUGGCUGCCUAGCCCUGCUAGGUUUCCCGAUGGACAUGGAGCUGGAGUAUGGCACUGCCACAAGUGCACUUAACAACAUCUGUGAAGAGUUUUAUGCAGCUCUGCGACCCUUCACAAACCCUUGUCAGGGGUCCUCCUUGUCAAAGAUCUACUUGGACAUGUUUGAGUCCUGCACCUAUCCGGACAAAGAGUGGAAUGACUGUCUAAGAGUUACCACCAUGGUGACGGUAAACUCUUUCAUCGGCAUGGUAGAGACUGCCACCGGGUACCAGAAACUGAAGCACCUGGACGCCACUGAGGCCAAACGCCUUUCUGACGACAUCAGGAACAAGCUAAUGGCCGCCAUGCAGGUGUCCUCAGCAGACACGGAGCUCACCAUGGUGAUCAAGUAUUUCUACAUGUUUGCACGCAAACCUUGAUCCUUCCAACUGGCCCAAAGACCGACAAGCGAAGGGUCUCUCUGGCGCAACAGAAGUUCAACCUUGCCG